AUGCCUACACUUUUAAUUUAUCUAUCUAUCUAUCUUUCUAUCUAUCUAUCUAUCUAUCUAUGUAAAUCUAUUUCAUCUAUCAUUCUCUCUUUUUCUCUCCCUAUCUAUCUAUCUAUCUAUCUAUCUAUCUAUCUAUCUAUCUGUGUAUGUCAAUCUGUUUCAUAUAUCUCUCUUUCUCUUCCUCCCCCCCUCUCUCUCUCUCUCUCUAUCUAUCUAUCUAUCUAUCUAUCUAUCUAUCUAUCUAUCUAUGUAAAUCUAUUUCAUAUCUCUCUCUUUUUCUCUCCCUAUCUAUCUAUCUAUCUAUCUAUCUAUGUCAAUCUGUUUCAUAUAUCUCACUUUCUCUCUCUCUCUCUCUCUCUCUCUCUCUAUCUAUCUAUCUAUCUAUCUGUGUAUGUCAAUUUGUUUCAUAUAACUCUUUCUCUCUCUCCCUAUCUAUCUUUAUAUCUAUCUAUCUAUCUAUCUAUUUCAUCUCUCUCUCUGUCUUUUUCUCUCUCUCUCUAUCUAUGUAUGUCAAUCUGUUUCAUAUAUCUCUCUUUCUCUCUCUCUCUCUCUCUCUCUCUCUCUCUAUCUAUCUAUCUAUCUGUAUAUGUAAAUCUAUUUCAUCUCUCUCUCUUUUUAUCUAUCUAUCUAUCUAUCUAUCUAUUUGUGUAUUUCAAUCUGUUUCAUAUAUCUCUCUUUCUCUCUCUCCCUAUCUAUCUAUCUAUCUAUCUAUCUAUUUAUCUAUCUGUUUUUUUCUCUCCCUAUCUAUCUAUCUAUCUAUCUAUCUAUCUAUCUAUCUAUCUAUCUAUCUAUCCCUUUCUUUCAGUCAUCAAGGUAUCUUAUGGCAUUGCUUCAUAUUGA